AUGUCUAAUUUUAGACGUCUAAACGAGUGCUCGUUGCGCAAUAGCGAGCACAAUUUGCAAAUGAUGCGAACAAGUUGUAUAAAUGAACAACAACAACAACAGCAACAACAGCGACUGCGACAGCCCGAUAUUCGAGAUAUUACUACUAUUCAAUUACGGCAUAUGUCGGAACCAAAUGUAAAUAUGAUAAACGAUCGUAGAGCGCAAGAACGAUAUUUACAAUAUAUGUCAAAAAGAAACGAUAAUGUUAUGUAUCGAAAAAAUGGUAAUAUCAAUGAUGACGAUGAUCAUGAUGAUAAUGAUAAUGAUAAGAGUGAACAGAAUAACAGUAGUAAAUGGGAGGAAUGGAUGAGAAAUCAACCGAUUAGUGUUCUUCGAUUGGAUCGAACGGAACGAUUAGUUCUAAAAAUUGGAGGUUAG